AGAAAAAAGAACUACAGCUAUUGCUAAUUUAUGUCAAGAAAUAAUUCAUUAUAAAUUAUUGGCUUUAGAGAUAAAUACUAAUUUGACUACUUCUAAAAAUAAAAAAGAAUAUUUUGAGUCAUUUUUUAUAGAGGAGCAAGAAACUAAACAACUAUCAGAAGAAGAAUUAGAUUUAUACUUAGCUUUGUUUAUAUAUAAAAAUGAUUCUCUUAAAACAAGCAUUCCUUGUGAAGAGGCUUUUUCUGUAGCAGCAGAAACAAUUACAAAAGUUUAUAGCUGUCUUUUUCCUGAAACUGCUUAG